AUGAACUUACAAAAGAUACUUCAAUUAGUUCCCAUUACUAAGACAUCAUUUGUCUCGAAACUUCCCUCAGCCGCCCCAGUUGCUGGCAGAGUUACUUUUGGAGGCACCCUACUGGCUCAAAGCUUAUGGGCUGCUUUGAAAACACAUUCAGGAAUGGUUCCAGUGUCUUUGCAAACAUAUUUCAUUUCUGGGGGAGAUCCCAACUUAUGCACAGAAUAUUCUGUCACUACUCUAAGAAAAGGUGGAAGUCACAUUCAUGCGCAAAUAUCUGCUACCCAGAAGUCAAAGCUAGUUGCCACUUCAGUCGUGUUGUUGGCGAAAGAGGCUUCAUAUGACAAAACUCAUUCUCUAGCAAAGACAAUAUUACCAGAUAAGUCUCAGUUCCAAAAGGCCCACCAACUGGUUCCACUACAUCCUGAUAUUUCCGGUAUAGUGGCUAGUAAAUUGGUUACAAAUUUUAAAUCAGGCCCCUUAGACUACCAAUUCCCACCUUCCAUGUUCACUGGUGUUCAUCCAAAGGGUAUUUCUCCCAAGGAAUUGCAGUAUUAUGUGAAAGUAAGAGAUUCCUCUGAAGAAGAUGAAACUGCAUUUAAAUACGUUGCAUUAACAUAUUUCAGUGAUUCAUAUUGUCUCUUAACCUUGCCUUGGUUCAAGAACAGACUACUAUAUUCUCACAAGUUUAGUACAUCGCUGGAUCAUACUAUUCAUUACUAUGCUGUGCCAAAGAUAAAUGAGGACAUUCUUUUAAAGAUAAGAUUGAUAGAAUCUGAUGCUCAAAAUAGACACAUGCUCAGAGCAGACUAUUUUGAUUCAAAUGGUGAGCAGAUUGCAAGCAUAAGCCAGCAAGGACUAGUAGUAUUUCCAGAGAUCAAAGACUCAAAACUAUAG